AUGAAUGUUCCAGUGAUCCCAGUUAGUUUAAAGGGGGUGCAGAAAACAAGGGAGCAUGUGAAACAGAACCAGGUGGCUCUAAAAGGAGCAGAGCUUUUGUGUGAUCCUUUAUCCCUCCCACUUUUGCAUUGCCGAGGUCUUGGUUUGAAAGCUGACAGACUCCCAGUUGAGAAGCCGGGCGGCGGCUGCAGGUUUUGGGCAGCGGUCACAGUACCUGCAAUGGCCCAGUUUCACUUCACAGGUCUUCAUGCAAAUACUGGAUAUUUUGGGAUCUCUGCUCCUCCAUAUGGGCUGAACCCACCACCUUACUCUGAGGCUUCUCCCCCUUACCCUAAACUCCAGAGUGAUGGAAUGGAUAUUUCUUUUGGAUAUCAAUCCAACUACCCAUCAUGCCCACAAGGGCCACCACCACCCAUGCCACAUAUGCCAAGCCCACCAUAUCCAAUUACAUCACAAUUUCCUUGUGCCCCUCCCCAGUAUGGUGAUUGCCAGAAGGUUCUUGCUACUCCACCAAUGGCCUGUACCACCCAAAAUGUUGCAGCUGCUCCUCCAAUUUUGCCCUCCCCUGUCAAUCAGCGGUCUCUUGCAUCGUCAUGUGUCGUCACCCAGCAGAGUCCUUUAGCACCAUAUAUGGCCAGCCAGCAGCUUUCUUCAACAUUAAUGAUACAGUCUGGCAGUGGUGUAACCGUGAGUAACAUGUACGGUUGUUAUCCAACCAUCACCCGACAGCCUUCAAAAAGCCUAACCAAAGAAAUUUCAUCUGCUGUCUUGACUAAAAUUGUACAGCAUGCAACUACUCGAAACCCAAAAUAUAAGAAUCAAGUAACAAUUAUAACGGGAGGAAAUGGUGUGAUCAUACACAAGUAGAUGAAAAUGGAAUCAGCCAUAUCAUGUGAAUACAGCUCUACAAAGAAUGUUGCAUACUACUACAAUACAUAUCACAGCCUUCACUGUAAACUAUCUUACCACCUACCCUUGAUGUUCAAUAGCAUUAUCAUGUCUGGGUCCCCUACCGUCAAUAUCUCAGGAGUCACCAAUAAUAUUCUCUCAAAUGGACCAGCCACUUAAAUACUAUGACCAUAGCAGCAGGUCAGAGGCUGAGUAUCCUGCAGUAACUGACAGACUACAAAAGUUUUAAAAUGCAGUAUUUUCUGUAAAUUUUAUCUAAAGAAUACAGUGUAACAAAAAUGCUAAUCUUCAAUAUGCAGGAUUAGUGAGUAUUUUUUAUCUUUGACACAACAUGUGGAACAUGUAUCUUUAAAUUGUAAAGCAAAAAUUAUUAUAAGAUAAGAGAAAUUAUCUAUAAAGCUUUCACUGAGUCUUUAAUACCUAAUAGCAUGGGCUGAUAAGAGAAGGAUUUUGGAUGCAUGUGAACACAACUGUCUGCAAGUUCCCCUUCAAGUCAUGUACCAUGCUGACUUGGGGGCUAUCAUCAUUUUCCCAUUGUUGUGGAACUCCCUGCCCAACAGUACUGUGGAGUACCUUCAGUAGAAGGAUUGCAUUGUUCAAGAUUGCAGCUCACAAGCACCUGCUAAAGGGAAUUAGGGAUAGGCAAUAAAUGU